CAAACCAUUUUGAUAAUUUUCUCAUCCCGGCUUCACUUCUGUUCGCGUCGUCGCUGGAAAACAACGCAGGCCUCUUUUGCGGGCUCAGUCUAAAUUCGCCGCACUUACGACGGCGUAAUGUCUCUGUCAAUUUUCCGGUUCCGGAGUUAUUCUGUACCAUCGCCGUUAAUCCGGUGCUUCAGGUCACAAGCAGCAUUGAAAGCACUGGCUAAAGCAUCUGAAGACAAAAUCCCAAAUCUCAUCCUCUAUAAUUAUCCUUCAUUUUCCGGAGCUUUUGCCGCGCUUUUCACUCACCUCUAUCAUUCUCAUCUCAACCUACCUUACCUCGUCUUGCCUUUCUCUUCCGUCGAACCCUUCAGAGUUGAAGAUUUGUGUAUUGACGGGCUGCAGAAUUGCUACUUCCUUGAUUUUGUUGGUCCAAAAGGAUUUGCGGAGGAGCUUACUCGGCGGACUUCAUGCCAGAUAGUAGGGUUUGAUCACCGGAAGUCUGCUCUAUCCAAGAUCCCUUUGAAUCAAAGCUCUGGUGGGAGUCUCACAUUUCAUGUUAACCUCGAGAAAACUAGUUCAGUUGCUGUUUAUGAACAUUUCUCUUCUAGGCUUUCAGAGGUUGGAUCCAAUAAGACGGAUGCUAUCAGCUUGCUAAAUUCUACUUUUCAAGAUCGAGUUGAAAAUGUUCUAAAAUAUAUAGAUGAUGGAGAUCUUCACAGGUGGAGUUUGCCUGAUAUUAGGGCCUUUGGAAUUGGAAUUAACCAGUGGCGUUCAAAAUUGAACUGCAUCACUAAUCCACAUAUGUAUGAACAGCUAAUGGGGAUCCACACCGGUGAUUUAAUUGCUACUGGAAACUCCCAUAUUUCAAAGAGACUGGCUGCGGCACACAAGUUGCUGGAUAAGUUUUUCAAAAUUCGGCUGGGGAGAGGACUUUAUGGUGAAUGCUUGGGGGUUAGAGCUGAUGGCGAUCCAGACUUAAGUGAUGAAAUUGGCAAGGAACUAAGCAAGAAAAGCGCUUCAGUUGGACUCAGGCCUAUAGGAGCAGUCAUAUACCUUCAGCGGAAGAAUCUCAAGAUGUGUCUGAGGACUGUAGAUGCUGCUACUGAUACUUCAGAAGUUGCCAAGGCAUAUGGUGGAGGUGGUUCUCCUUGUUCUAGCUCAUUUAUAAUUCGGAUGGAUGAGUAUAACCAGUGGCGCUCAGUGCAUUCAUCCUAAGUGGGGUACAAUAUGAAUUCCCAUUCUCUUCAUAGUUAAGCCAACUCAUAUAAGAAUAACUGAAUUCCUUUUAAAUUUUUAUGUGAGAUAUAUGUAUUCUCGAAGUAAUCAUUUUGCUUAGGCAACUAAGAGGUAGUAUAUACUUAAAAUGGCAUCAAGGCAAUGCAGACGUGCAAAAAGACAAAAUGUACAUCAAGAAAGGAGCAAGAAGAGGGAUGAGAUCUUGGAGGGACCAUUAGUAGUAAGUUUAAAGGAAAUCAUUCUUCUUUUUUCAAUUGGAAGUUGACUAGAAGAGUUUGAAUAGUCUGUAAUUUAGUGAAAUUGAAUUGUCAUGCUUGUCUUGUUCUCCUUUUUAGUCCGUUUUAAAUAGAAUACCUUUUACCUUUUUUGGCUACUCUUUGAUUUAACUUUCCACGUGACAUGGUUAAGAUCACAAGGCUAAAUGACAUUUUGAUACAUUGUACAUAUUUUUAGUUUAAGACACAAGAUUCAAAAGUCUCUUUACUUUCUUAAAAUCCAUGUCAUGUCUUAACCGGACAAACAAAUGAAAACAAAGGGAGGAUUGCCAAUGUGAGAAAUAUUGGAGAAAAUAUUAUUGAAUUGCGUAUCUAAAUUGUUACAUGAAGACCCUAUUUAUAGACACUACAUUGGAAACCUUUUCCAACUAGGAUUCCUAUUCUUAUUCCUAUGUUAAGGAAUUUUUCUCGAUACACGUUCUGUUAGAUUGGAGAUAAUUGUCAGUUGUAGUACUCAUAUAGAGUUCAUUGUAUUAAUGUUCAUAGUUAUAACAAGUAAAAAAGGGAAGAGCCUGAACAUGAAGUAAGACAGUGACAGUUGUAGGGAUAGAUAAUGGUGUGGGGUGGUGCAGUUUUAUGCGGAGAGGUGUGAGUUGAAGUCUUUGUGGGUUUGCCCCGCAACCGCCUGCUGCGUUUGUCAUCCCUGCCUCACAUGCAAGUAUUCCCGUGUUUGUGCACGUUUCAGUUUUCCUCUCGCUCCAUCAGACUGAUGGAUGCAUAAUUGCUUUCAGUCUCGUAGAACAUCUUCGCAGAUUGCAACUGCGUGACCUUCUUUUACUAUAACCAACAUUGGGCAAGAUGGACUGCAAACAAUUUUAAUUCUUCCAUGGAAAAUGUGAUUGCAGUUGAAUACGGUAGAAUUGUAGAAGUAGUUAACAGUCUUCUUUUACAAGAAUGUUUGUCAUUAUUUACAAGAGAGAAUUUAGGUGGGAGCAAUAUGCAGCAAAUCCAGAUCUAGGUGUGUAACUUCUGAAUACUACUUGAGAGAAUAUAGAGAUUCUUUUUGGCCCUUAAAUACAUAUAAUUUAUACUGAAUAUAUCCACUUAUCUAGCUGGACACCCAUCAACAGCUAUGCCUUUGGCUGUUGGACAAGUUGCCAAUUUACAGUGUUCCCCGUUGGUACCCCACCAAGUCACUCCUUUAUUCUCCAUUCCUAAUGAGAAAUAUAGAAGGACUGCCAUGAAAGCUACUCCUGCAUCCAACGCUGCGGAUAGAAUGUAGUUGUAUCUCUGCCACCAUUGUUUUCGGUAUCGGAAGAUGAAGAAGUUGAAAAUUGUGCCGACAAUGACCCAUGCAUUGUAGUUCAAUGGUGUUGCUGGUGGCAUGGCACCUGUUGCUCCCAGAAGGACUGGAAGGUUGAUCAGGGGAAUCCAUGAUUGUGUUGGAAACAUUUUAUGCAAGAGCCACACUAUUACAGGUCCUAUUGCUCCUCCAAGGAAGAACCAGUUCAUGGAGCUGUAGUUUCCAAGAGUUCCAAAAAUCCUUUUUGGUCCGACUAAACCCCAGAUAACUGAUGCAUCGAAAAAAACACGAUCUCCUGGGCAUGUCCAUGGACUGUCUGGUGGAAGGAGAUCAUCUUGACAUAUGUUCUCGAUGGAGUUUAGCAGCCACCACGCCACAGAUAUGUUGAUAGUUCCGGAAAUUAUUGUUCCUAAAAACUGGAAUUUAACCAAACAAGAAUGAAAUAUAUUCUUCUAUUCUGGAAUUUACUGUUGUUUGGAACAUUAAUAAAUUCUAGUUGCUGGAAAAAAUUGACCAAGUUAAAUAACGUGUCUCAGUACUUCCUGAUGAAAGAUAAAUUGCUAAAUUCUUGUGUACAGUAUGUUGAUAGAUUAUGAAAUCCUAACUCUCCAUAUUUACUUGUUUUUCUUGUAUGCUCAAGUUUAUUCUACCCUAUAUAGCUGCUUUUAAUAAGCAUUGCACUCAUAAUUUAGCAUUCAUCAGAUUGUGGACAACUAUCUACAUACAUAUAGAGGUAAAUGCGUUUUGGUGCUUUCCGUGUUUUCUUUUUGUAAAAAAAAAAAUUAAUGGGAGGAGAUUGGGCUUUGUAGUGAUGGGUUUUGAAAUGCUAACUCAGUUCAUUGAAUUGAUGUUCUAUUCUAUACAUCUUUGGUGAUUUAAUGUCUGCAUUCAUGUCAUUUAUAUCUUGGCACAUAAAACAUGUUUUCUCUCUGAAUUAAGGCACUGGUGACUAUUCUGGAUGUCUUAAAGACAUGAAGAAGCUUCUUCAUGGUGGACUUGUGGUCUCUAUACCUAGCAAAUUGUUGUUGCUAAUCUUUGUUCUAGAAGCUCCAAGUUCAUCACUGCUGUAUUUUCCAACUUUUCGGCAGAAAUGAUAAAGUAAUAUACCUGAACCAAGAACAUUGAUCGAGGGGGGAUCUUCAUAUAGUGACCCAAUUUGAAGUCGCUGAGGAAAGAGACAGCCUGUGACAUACUCAUGUACCCAUAGACUUUGAAGCACACAUUGGCUAUUGGUCGUCCUGGUAGUAUUAUUCCCAUGACAUAUUCAGUGAUUAUGUUCAAGCCUGGGGUCUGCAAAUUAGCAUCAGAAAUAAGAAGCUUGGAAAAAACUCUAUUGAAAUAACAAGCGUGAUUAUCUUGGAUUUGUUCUUGUAAUAAAUCCAACCAGUUUAAGGUAUCAGACAUCGACUUUGGGGCUUGCAUAUUGGUAUGUUAAACAAAGAGUGAAUUUUAGUCGUUUCGUAAUACUUAGAGCUCCCAAUAAUAGUACAUUAAGAUCUCUUUUGAAGCUCGAUGGUAAUAGCUUAUAUUUUGGCCGGAAAAAAAGUUCAAGCAUGCUAAUUUAUCUUAUAGGCAAAACAUGCUUGUGGUGCUAAAUGCAAGUGUAAAUGUGUAUGCUUUAUCACCUGGUUUGUUGUAGCUGUUAUGAUGCUGAUUGGAAGUGUGAAGAUAAAAGCAAUAGCACUUGCAAAAAGAAGCCCCCACCAUGGCAUCUGGACUUGGUUAUUCAAGAAAAUGCAGAGGAUUAGGGAGAUUGCUAGUGUCACCAGAAGCAAUGCAUUAAACCACCAUGAAGUGCGAUGAGAAAAUGGGAAAUUUGGAAGCACCAUACAAGUCAAAUCCCCAAUAUGCUAUUGGGAUCACCAUGUAUAUUAUCAACAUGUACCCUGCAAAGAUGUUGACAAUGGCAAAGAAAGGGCAGAUGAGGGGGCUGAACAAGAAGGAUGCCACAGCAGACCAAUCUAGAGUUACAGCUCCAAGUCCAAGGCCCCUCAUGCCUGAUCCAAUUUGCUGAGCCGUCACUGAUUUGGAGAAUGCCCAGCAGAUCCAUGAAAUGCUCGUGAGUGUGGAGAAUAGAUAUCCUGGUACCAAAUACCAGCAAAAGCUGCAUAUCAACGCAAUGAGGAAAAAUUUUGCUCUUGACAUGCGCCGGUCAUCUUUCUCAUGCAAGGCCCUACAAAGAUAAAUGUGUUAUGAGUUGCUGCAUCUUUGACCCGUUUGAAUUAGAAAAUUACUGUGAAACAGUUUACUUGUUCUAUACAAGCACAGCUGGAGGGAAAAGCCUUUCAACAAUUGCAUAAUCUGAAAUGAAUGAGAAAAUUUGAUACAAAGAAACAUAUGAUGGUUGACUGGUAUUCAUGAUUGAGGUAGGAUCUUGAUAACACCACAGUCUGGUAAUCAGCAUGCAGACUAUAUCUGAAUUGUUGGUUGGUGCUCAGCAGUCAGCCUCUUCGUAAGCGGUGAAGUUUAAGGGAGGUUUUCAAAUGACUAUUGCAAAUUGUCAUUAUGGAUACGUAGUUUGUAAACCAAACACAUUGCAAAAGAGGUUAGUCUACUAACGAGUAACAAUCAACUGCUAAAUGCUAUCAACGUAAAAAUGUGAAUUCUCUUUGACGUGCCUCACCCCUUUUACUGAGUAGCAGGAGUUCUCUUAAGUCAUAUCUUAUAGUAUUACGCUACUUGUGUUAUAAGAAUUAAAGUUAUAGCAGACCCAGAAGAACUUGAUUAAA